AUGCCGUCGUUCUCAAACGACGGGCCUUACCAAACCGCAACCGCUACCGCUACUCACCCUCGCACCUUCGACUCCCCGCAGGGGAAGCCGCAUGAUAAGGCACCUGUGGGCAACACAUUCCUGUGGACUAACUGGCCAAAUGGAGACACCAGUCACCUCAACGCAACGUCCAAUGACCGCCAGCAUUUCCCGAAUGGUAGCGCCCAUUCUCUGAAUGGACCUCGAUCAAGUGCUGGCUCUUAUUCUAGAGACUUGUUGAAUUCUAAAGAUGGGAGCAUGCAUUCAUUAGGAAAUGGAUCAGUGAGAGACCCUCGAGAUGGUGGGAGACCUUCGAUGACAUUGGAUAAAGAGUACAGUCCUGGAUCAUCUGAUGUAGGUGCUGCUGUAGGCUCGACCACCUCCCUUUCCAGCCAGCAGCCGAAUGGUACCUCGCUGGCUCCUCGGUCGCACAGUGGGAAAUUUAUGGUAAAUGGUGACCAUUCCCGGCCCUCGGUCGACGAACUGGUCUUCUCGGACUCGACGGACAAUGGUAUAGGACCGGGACUGUCAACAUCUCAGCCCGACGAUAGCGGUCGUCUUUCACCCGAUCCUGAUCGGUUGUCGCCCUCGCAGAGGAGUCCCCAUCGACAGUCCUCCCCCCCGAUUCCAUCUGGCAUGGAAGGACCUGCACAUCAGGACUCGACUAGCUCGAGCCUUCGACAUCGACAUACUCUUCAAGUCCCGAGAGCGAAUAGCGGCCGUCGCAGUAGUCGUGAUCACUCGGAGGAUACAGCGUAUAGCAGUGGUCGCUUGUCUCCAACAGGUGGCACCCGUCGAACUUCUUUUAGUCUGGCCCGCCGGGCGAGCCGAACCAAUCGCUCAGACACGUUUCCUGAUGAGAUCAGCCCGGACGACGAUGCGGCACGAUGGGCCGAAGCCAUAAAGCAAAGGAGAGCUUCCAGGAGGAAGCGUCGGGAUGAAGAUGAUGAGGAUCGCGUUAUCGUUGGAACCAAGGUGGACCAGAACCAUGUGAACUGGGUUACAGCGUACAACAUGCUUACAGGGAUACGGUUCACUGUAUCGAGGAUCAAUGCUAAGAUGGAUCGCGAGCUAACUCCUGCUGACUUUGAAGCAAAACACAAGUUUUCGUUUGAUAUAACUGGCAAUGAGUUAACACCCUCUGCCAAAUACGACUUCAAAUUCAAGGAUUAUGCGCCGUGGGUUUUCCGACGAUUGCGAGCCAAAUUUCGAAUCGACCCCGCCGAUUAUCUGAUGUCCCUCACAAGCAAGUAUAUUCUUUCGGAGCUGGGUUCUCCAGGAAAGAGUGGAAGCUUUUUCUACUUUUCGCGAGAUUAUAAAUACAUUAUCAAAACAAUCCACCAUUCGGAACACAAGCUACUACGGAGAAUCCUUCCCGAGUACUACAAACACGUGGAGCAAAAUCCGAACACACUCAUCUCACAAUUCUAUGGCCUCCACCGCGUUAAAAUGGCGUAUGGUCGCAAGAUCCAUUUCGUGGUUAUGAACAACCUUUUCCCGCCUCACCGCGAUAUCCACCAAACGUUCGAUCUGAAAGGGUCGACAAUUGGCCGCGACCUGCGUGAGGACGACCUGGAAAAGAAUCCGAGGGCAACUCUGAAGGAUCUGAAUUGGGUCCGGAGAAACCGCCAGAUUCAGUGCGGCCCCGCGAAGCGGGACUUCUUCCUGGCGCAACUCCAACGGGAUGUCGAAUUACUGAAGCGGCUCAAGAUAAUGGAUUAUUCCCUCUUGGUAGGCAUACAUGAUGUAGAAAGGGGCAACGAGGAGAAGCUCCGGGAUAAGACCCUUCAAGUCUUUCAACCCGGAGGUGAUCGGGAAGAAGACGCGAACCCCAACAUGCUUAUGCGUACUCCCUCGAAACUGGAGAAUGAACGUAAAGCACGAGAGUUGCGGAUGCUUAUCAAACGAGAGCGCCCUGUGCCUCUGGAUAAGGCAGCCGCAAAAAUGCCCGAGGAGAUCCUGGACGAAAGGAAGUUCCAUGUCUUUUAUUCGGAUGAUGGGGGGUUCCGUGCAACUCAUGAGAACGGCCAAGCAGGAGAAGAGAUCUACUAUCUUGGGAUAAUCGACUGCUUGACACACUACGGAACUGUGAAAAAGAUAGAGCAUUUCUUCAAGGGUCUUUCUCAUGAUCGGACCCAGAUAUCUCCGGUGCCUCCGGAGGGAUACGGCGAUCGGUUCAUCAACUUUAUCAAGGGCAUUACUAUGUCCAAGGAGGAGGCUGAGCGGCGUCGAGAAUCUUGGGGCUCUGCUGAACACCGACCCUCUUCCGUUGAGCGAACCAUGCAAGCAGCGGAGAGGGAGGCGGCCAAGGAUGUAUCAGUUGCCCACCCCAGGACGUUGUCAACUGUACGAGAUCCAGCAGACCCCAGCGGCAGUGUACCGACCUCGACGUUACCCAUUGUGGAUGAGGCUGGUGAGGCCAGCAGUGUCGGAGGCCAGAGUCAACACAGCCGACAAGGACCGUCGUCAGCGCCAGAAAAGGUUCGACCGACACUAUCUUAUCAUUACGAUCUAGGACCUGGCGGAAAAGGAAAGGCAAUGGCUUGA